GGGAACCAGAUUCUGCAAGUUAGUCAGUUUUUGGAGCCCGAAGCGAAGAGACAUAUUUAGAAUCCGAAUCGGAGAAUCAUGAAGACGAGUUUGCUGCUAACUUUUCUGAUGGUGAUGCUUGGAGUGACGUUGAGUCUGGCGCUGACUGGUGCAGAUGAUGGCUAUGCGUAUGGACCACCAUCGGGUGAGCAGCUGCAGGAAAUCCAGGCGGUCACUCGUCCCAGGAAACACCGCCUGAAGCCACGUGUCUACCCAGAGCAUCCAUCCCAAGGUUGCGGAAAUUUGGAGGAGGCGGAUCACGCCGCUGCCCUGGCCACCUACCAUGCCAAUCGCCCCCAACCGCGUCGUAUUUACAGCCACCAGGAAAUCCAGGUGGACAGCUCGUUCUUCGAGCCCUCUCCCGAGAGGAUCGAGGAACUCAAGCGGAUUCUCUUGGAUCAGCAAUAAAGUGAAAUUUCUUUAAAAAAACAUUUGAAUUUAAUUAGUUUAGUAAACGAAGUCCAAAAAUCUAUAAACGCA